AUGAAUGAUACUUUCUUCACCACAGCGGAGGAAAGUGUUCCAAUAGAAGAUACCACAGAAGAUACCACUGGUGGCAAUGCAAUGAGUAACGACCGUGUAUUAGAGGCAGUUAACAAAAUGGACGCCUUAUUGAAUAAAGUGGUCCAGUUCAUCAUCACCAUGAGGAAGACGCUCGGAGCAACAUUGUGUUCUUUCAAGCUGAAAAAUAUUGGAUCCUUCUCACACUUCGAAAGGCGACUCAAUGAUUUGGAGCAUUCAGUAGAAGGAGUGGGGUACGAUAAAGGAAAAAAGAUCCAGGAAAUUUCUCCGAUAGCAUCGCUAGUAGCAUUGGCAGAACUUAUUGAAUUAGAAAUGUAA